CUGGGUCUACUUCCUCGCGCUGACGCGUAUCUGCAUGCUGCUAGGCGUUGGUUUUGGCGGAAGACGCGCUCCCGGCCGCAAGAAUGCUUGAUAUUUGAAUACGGUUGUAGAUAGUACUAGCACUGAACACCCGGCGCCGUUGUUGUACUCAUCCAGCGGCUCGUCCUACAGAGGCUGUUGAAGCACUUGCCAGCCCUGAUACACAAGUUUCUACGUGACCGGCGAUCGAUACAUGCACAUCGCCAAAAAACGCCACGAUCCCCAUCCGUCUAUCUUCGUGCCCGUUCGGCAAGCCAACCGAGAGGCCCUCAUUACCGAGCCCUCAGGCGUGCUCUGGCGGGUGCCACAAAGCCACAAAGCCCUGGAGAUCUGCUCAGCCGCUACCCCAGACCCACCCCCUAACCGAAAGCAGCACCGGCAGGAUCGCUUUCCAGAGGUCAGGGGCCCAGCAACAGAGAUCUGUCUGGAGCCCAACAACAGAUAUCUGUCAGGAGCCCGCACAAACGGUGGUACGCACAAAGGGCGGUACGCAGACAGCGCCAGCCACGUCUCGUACCUUUGUUCCGCCCGAGGUAGCACUCCACUGCAAGCUGACUUGCAUCUCCAUUGUCCGCUCGUCGUCAGCGAACCAAACCACGACGCAAGCUUUGCCAGAAGCAAAGCUGCCGUUCCCAACUAUUUCCAACAAAGAAGCAAUCCCGCAUCUCGACUCCCUCAGCUUCCACGUCCUUGCAGCUCGUGCGAGCCACUCCGCACGCACGAAGAUCUCCGUCUUCGCGAACGCUCCACAGAAUGAUGGAAUGUAGCCGUUGCACCGCCGCACGGAACACAUUCCUCAAAGCUCGGCCAAGGCCAAGGCCUCCGCCGCGCCGAACUGUUCCCGUCCAACCAGAACCCGCACACGCCGCCACGUCCUGCAGCCCGCCGAGAAUAGCGCAUCGCCACCACUACACACACACACAGAACCUCAGCCUCAGCGCACCGGCCUGUAAGGAUUCUUCUCCCCAUCCCUUCCUUCUAGCGCCGACUCAGUGCCUGCAUCUGGCAAGUCCAAAUUCACCCUGCAUCAACCUCACGUGUCUUGCCGGGAU